AUGUCUGCUGAAGUCCCCAAAGUUGAAGUUGCUGCUGAAGUCCCAAAGGUAGAGGAAAAGCACGAAUGCGAAUGCCAUGACGAGAAGUGCGAGUGCCACGAAGAGAAAUGUGAGUGCCAUGAUGAGAAGUGUGAAUGCCACGAGCACCACGAAGAGGAGGAAGAGCAGAAAGCCGAGAGAGUCCAGAGCAAAGGUGAGAAGAAAGCCCGUAAAGCUCUUGAGAAGAUUGGUCUUGUUGAGGUUCCACAUGUCAUCGAGUUCUCAUUGAAGAGACAAGGAACCAAAUUUGUCAUCCACGAACCAGCUGUUUUCAAGCUCCCAGGUGCUGAACAAUUUGUUAUCUAUGGUGAACCAAAGAAUGAAUUCAUGGACGCCAAGACCAGACAACUUUUCGAACAACUCCAAGCUAACAUGAAAGAACAACAAGCCGCUACUGGUGAAACCAAAGAAGAAAAGCCAGUCGCUGAAGCUAAAGAAGCUGAAAAACCAGCUGCAACUGAAGCUGAUGAUGGAUAUGUACCAAAUGAGGAAGAUGUUAAAGUCCUCAUGACUCAGGCUAACACCACCCACGAAAAGGCAUAUGCUGCUCUUAAGAAGACUAAGGGUGACUUGGUCAAUGCUUUCUUCGAGUUCCAGUAA